GGGGUAAUGAGGAUGAGAGGCAGGUGAGGAGAAUCACAGUUUAUCUGGAAAUGGCAUAAUAAAACCUAACUCUGUGUACCAAUUAUUAAUUAAAAAAUAAAGCUCCAAAAAUUGACAAGUAUAUACAAGAUGCCUCUCAUGUUGUCCUUUUUUAAAAAAAGAUAGUAGUAAGACUUUGGAAGCAUCCUAAAUUUCCAAAUCAGAAAAAUGGUUGAAUAAAUCAUGGAAUUUCCGUGUCAUAAUUCUGACUAUUAUGCUAGCAUUAAAGUUAAGUUUACAAUAUUUUUUCUUUCCCUACUUCCUCAUCUUUCCUUCCCAGUCCUGUCCUGCCCCCCCCCCUUGAGACAUAGUUACAAGGUUCUCAGAUACCUCAAUACCCAGACUUCUUGCUAGACAUCAUUAUUCAAUGGCUUCACUUAAGGGGUAACAGCAUCAAAUUUUGAACCCAGAGGCAUCAAGUUCAAGUUUUGUUUUUUUUUUUUUUGUGCUUCAGUGGAAUUUUUAUAGUGUUCAUAAUAAUGUGUAAAAGUACAAUUGGAAUACCAUCCAAACUUUGCUCUGCUAAAGACCACAAGGCAAGUGAAGCAUGGAAAUUGCUGUGUAACCUUUGGUUUCUGGAUCCUGCCUGGCACUACAAAGAUGAGCAGUUUUCAAAGCACUGACCGGCAAAACAUUGGCUAAAGUUGCUUAGCUAAGACUUUAUACUUGAGAGAUGGUUGCUGGUAGAGUGCUUGCUGUGUAAUUAUGAGGACUUAAGUUCUAGUCUCCAGCACCCAGCUAAAUUCCAGACACAAGCUAUGCAUGUUUGCUAUCCCAGUGCUGGGAAGAGGGAGACAGGAGGAGCUCUGGAGCUAGCUGCCCAGCCAGUCUCAUCAAAUUGGAAAGUUCCAGAUUUUUUUUUUUUUUUAAAAAAAAAAAGGUAGGGAGCCAUUGCAGAAGACAUUCAACACUGACCUCUGGUUUCCAUAUGUAUACACAUGGGCAUAGGCACUUCCUUAUAUGCAAAGGCACACACACACACACACACACACACACACACACACACACACACACACCUAUUUAUAUUAAGUAACAAUGAUCACCUUCAGCUACUCUGAGAAAAAACAAAAUGUAUUUGUAUGAAGCUAAUAAAAAAUACAAUGAUAGAGAUUCACAGACAGGAAUAUAACCUGAUCUCUGAGAAAAGGAAUAGAUUAUUCUUUGUUUUCUCUCUAUAUACAUACAGUAUGUGUACAUGUGCACACACACAUACAUGUGUAUAUGGGUACAUACAUAUGCAUUCACAUAUAUCUAAACAUAUAUUGUGGUACAGUCUGUAUAACAUUGUCUUAAUUAUUGUAAGUGUGCACUGUAGUAGUGUUAAAUAUACCCACAGUAUCUUGCAACUGUCCCCAAUAUCUAUGCCCCAGCCUAUAUCAUUAUUCCCCAAAGUGAACUCUGUGCCUCCUAAACAAUAACUUUCCACCUCCUCAGCUCUUGGCAACCUCUAUUUUCUACCUUCUGUGUCUGUGAAUUUGCCUACUGUACACAGAUCUCCUAAGUGGGAUCAAAUGAUAUUUCUCACCUGUAUCUAGCUUAUUUCAAUUAGUAAAUGUAGUCAAAAUUCAUCCACAUUAUAGCACAUAUCCAACUUUUAUGCCUUUAUGACCAAAUAAUAUACUGCUGCAUGUGUAUACCCACACAUCCUCUAGCUCCUGGUAGGCUGACUUCAGUUUCCAAGUGACAGUGAGGUUUCUGGGAGCAGAAAGUUGCUCAGUCUUUUGGAAAAGAGCCCCAAAUGUACAUUGCUAACUUCCCAGUUACAGAGUGGAUUCUGGAACAAGGACCACAGAGGGAGGGGCCUGAUCUCAUGCUGUUUUGAGUUUGCAUAGCUUGGUACACAUGUUCUAAGAACUUCAGCUCAACAGCUUCCUAGAAACUGGAUCAAAGCACCCCAUAGUCCAUGUACUCUGAUGGUAAAUUCUCAUCGCCACAACCUACUGCUCCUGCUGCGUUUCCGGGGGACUUCUGUGGAGGCUGAAAGAGGAGACAGCUUUGCAGGACAAGGCGGCUGCCAAGAUGCUCCAUUUGCGAAAUCCACAGAUGUUGCAGAUGUUGGAGAAAUCCUUAAGGAAACACCUUCCUGAGUCUUUAAAGGUUUAUGGGACUGUCUUCCACAUGAACCAGGGAAACCCAUUCAAGCUCAAGGCCCUGGUGGACAAGUGGCCUGACUUUAAUACAGUGAUUGUCCGUCCUCAAGAGAUGGCAGAUGACCUUGAUCCCCAUACCAACACUUACCAACUCUAUUCUAAGGAUCCUAAGAACUGUUUGGAAUUCCUCGGCACACCAGAGGCUAUCAACUGGAAACAACAUCUGCAGAUCCAAAGUUCACAAUCCAACCUGAAUGAAGUGAUAAUGGGCCUUGCAGCUGCUAAGCUGGUCAAAGUCAAGAGAACACAGUGCAUUCUCUACAUGAUGCCCCAAACAGCAAAAAAACUGGUUCCUUUUCUGAUGGCGGAUACAGAGAACUCACAUAAUAAAUCUGGUAGACCUCGGCCCAUCAACCAAGAGAUGUUUAAACUCUCAUCACUAGAUGUUACCCAUGCUGCCUUGGUGGAUAAAUACUGGCAUUUUGGGGGCAACGAGAGGAGCCAGAGAUUCAUUGAGCACUGUAUCCAGACCUUUCCUAGCUCAUGUCUUCUGGGACCUGAAGGGACCCCUGUAUCCUGGGCUCUGAUGGACCAAACUGGAGAAAUUCGAAUGGCAGGCACUGUGCCUGAUUACCGGGCACAAGGUCUCAUCUCUCACAUCAUUCAUACUCAGACCCUGGUUAUGGAUGAACUUGGCUACCCUGUGUAUAAUCAUGCAGACAGAGCCAACAAAACCAUACAGAAAAUGAGUUAUACUCUGCAGCACGUUCCUAUGCCCUGUGACUGGAAUCAGUGGAAUUGUGUACCUCUGUAACUCUGGUACAGAAUAUUAGGCUGUGUUGGGUAGGCUAUAAUAAAGCUGGAGGAGUGGGUGGUGGAGAUAGAGAAAAUACAUAUUGUAAUGAACGAUAAAGGUGUGGGCACUGUUUGGGUUCUGGGGAAGCAGUGUGAAUGACCAACAGUAUACCACAGUCCCCACCCUCAUACUGCCUUUCAGAUACAGCAGAUGAAGCAUGGCCAGACCUCUCCACUCAGCCACCGACUUUGUUUAGUUCUUCACAAUCUGGGUGCCAGUGACACUUCUAUUCAGCUUCAUAUUAGUGUCCUCGUGUGGAUUACUGCCCAUGAUCAGUUGUGUCAGGGUAUGGUGCUGACUUGUGAAUAGUGUAUGCUUUCCUCUCGCACUCUUUCCUUUGUUUAGGAGCUGGAGUGUUCUUCAUCAACUGGUACUUUGAACAGAUUGCUUCACUUGUAGACCUUUGAUUCCUAUUUAAUAACCAUGCUAAAUAUUACAUGAAUAAAUAAAUGAUUGUA